AUGUCGUCCAUUAUACUCAAAUACAUUACCAACCGAAUCCUCAAGGACAACCAGUGGAACCGGCUUGGUGUGGAAGACCCAUACCAUGAGCUUGUGCCUAUAAAUGUAGUCAAUGGAGUCACCAAGUAUAAGAAGGUGAAUAGAAGGCUCCCCGAUGGAAUCAGUUCCAAUGAUCUCAAUGUGCUAGAGAAAUUCAAGAAACGAGCUCAUAGAUACGAUAUGAUGUUCUCCUUUUUUGGUGUCACUUUUGGCUGGUCCAAUAUUGUUGGCAUCAUUCCCAUUUUCGGAACAAUUGUCACGACAUACUGGUCGCUUGGGUUGUUGCAAUUGGCCAGGAAGUUGGAUGAUGGGUUUCCACUUGAUAUCCAAAUCUUGUUUCUCGUAAACAUCUUGAUAGACUUCGUUUUUGGUUUAAUUCCAAUUGUGGGAGACAUCAUUGAAAUCGGCUACAAGCUGAAUCUGAGGAAUUAUCUCUUGCUUGAAAAACACUUGGACAGAGUAGGGCAGAAAAACCUUGGUAUUAUCACAAAGGAGGAAGUUAAGCCUGGCUUCAUCAACGAUAAGAUUCAGCCGUAUAUAGACAAUACCUUGAAGCCCAAUGCAAAGAAAGCAGGAGAUCAGUUCAAGGCAUAUUUGCAGAAGACCAAUGGUCAUAGUAAAGAGUCUUCAGAAGGUUCCCUGUUCCAACCUUCCUUAAAUAGCUCACCUAGCACCCACACCAGUUCUACAACUGUAGUUACGUCUGCCACAGAUUCA